AUGUUUGAUGAUGACCCCCGUACACCUUCCCCGCCACCUCUUCCUCUCCCAUCGCCAGAUACUCCUCCAACACUGCCUCCGCCCCCGCCUCUGCCAUCACUGCCUACACCGAACAACACAACGCCCAACGGAACCACCGCUCACACUCCAGAAAGUUCUCCGCCACCGAGUGGCAAUGGAGGGAUAGGUACCGGCGCCACUGCCGCCAUUGUCGGCGCACUUAGUCUCCUGUUGCUUUCUGUAUUUGGAAUCGUGGCGUUUUGCUUGUGGAAACGGAAGAAAAGGGUAGCCGGGCGUGGCGGACAUGUUUUGCCCACGUCUAUAGCUUCCUCCUCUCCUCAAUCAGAUUCUGGACUACUUAAAGUGCAAGUAUCCGUACCUAGUAAUGCAAAUAGCUCCGGUGGCUUGGGCAACUCGAGAUCAUGGUUCACCUAUCAAGAACUAGCUGAAGCGACUGGUGUGUUUUCGCCCCAUAAUUUAUUGGGUGAGGGUGGUUUUGGUUCCGUGUACAAAGGAAAUCUUGUUGAUGGCCGAGAAGUUGCUGUUAAGCAGUUAAAGAUUGGAGGAGGACAAGGGGAGAGAGAAUUUAGAUCCGAGGUGGAGAUUAUAAGUCGUGUACACCACCGCCAUUUGGUAUCACUCGUGGGUUAUUGCAUUUCCGAGGAGAAGAGGCUGCUCGUAUAUGAAUACGUUCCUAAUAAUACCCUCUACUUCCAUCUUCAUGGUCAUCACGAUAAGCCGGUUAUGGAUUGGCCUACGCGUGUGAAGAUAGCGGUUGGUGCAGCUCGUGGAAUAGCUUAUCUCCAUGAGGACUGCCACCCUCGUAUAAUACAUAGAGAUAUCAAAUCAUCAAAUAUACUUCUAGACAGCAACUUUGAAGCACGGGUUUCUGAUUUUGGACUUGCUAAGCUAGCCAUGGAUGCGAAUACACAUGUCACCACCCGCGUUAUGGGAACCUUUGGAUACAUGGCACCUGAGUAUGCAUCCAGUGGCAAGUUAACUGAUAAGUCUGAUGUGUAUUCCUAUGGAGUUGUGCUCUUGGAGUUAAUUACAGGUCGAAAGCCAGUAGAUACAUCUCAACCACUCGGGGAAGAGAGCCUGGUUGAGUGGGCCCGGCCUUUAUUAAGUCAAGCACUCGACACACAGGAAUUCAACGAAAUAGCAGACUCGAAACUUGAGGGGAAAUAUGUUGACAAUGAGAUGUUUCGGCUAGUCGAAGCAGCAGCAGCUUGUGUUCGUCAUUCGUCAGCAAAGAGACCCAAAAUGGGACAAGUUGUGAGGGCUUUUGACAGCAUGGCUGCCCCGGAUUUAACAAAUGGAAUGAGAGUUGGGGAAAGCGAAAUCUUUAACUCCGCUCAACAAUCUGCCGAAAUUCGACUCUUUCAGAGAAUGGCGUUUGGCAGUCAGGAUUACAGUACGGAUUAUUUGAGCCACACCGAAACUAGUGAAGGAAGUGAAGUCAACCAAACCAGCAGCAAAAAUAGCCGGAGAGAUUUAUGA